AUGCGUUCUUCCGACGAAGAGGAGGAGGAGGUAUAUUCCGAGGGAUAUGACUCAGAAGACGAAGGUCUGCUACUCGAAGGACCGAAAUAUUGGUCACACGAGGAUGAAAGUGUCCUAAAGGGUGUCAUGGAAGAGACGGAACCUCUCUUACUCGGUCCACUGUGCGGAACAUAUUUGAUGGUGUGGCAAGAUGGCGAAACCCUGGAAGAGAUCACUCCGGAAUCGACAUGGCGAGGUACUGUGACUAUCGAGCGUCGUAAAUCAGCCCAACAGCGCGACCCCGAUCCCGAUGGUUUCAAGGGGAAAAUAGCCCUCGGGUCGAUCACGGGAACCUUUCUCGAACUCAAGGCCAUGCAUGCCGAUGGAGAAGAGCAGCCGAACCGCUGGGACAUGAUCGAAUUAACCUUGGAUGGCGAGCACGUCGAUUUCCUCUCCAUGCAGGUUACCACUGUCAUGGAUGAUUCUGGCAACUGUUUUGUCAAUUUCGAAGUUUCCGAUUCGCAUCAAUCCACCAUCUGGCUGGGGAAGAUGCAAACAAAGCCGGACGUGGAGGAGUUUUUGACAGAGGCAGAGAGGGAGAGGCUGGGGAUGGAUUUAACGGCAGCGCAGGUCAAGGAGAAGGCGAACAAACGAAGGAAAGGUAGCCGCGGGGCUAAGCGCAAGGUCAAAGGAGAUGACGAGGACGAGAGACCUCGCAAGAAAGGCAAGAAAUAG